CUCUGUCUUUUCAUUUCAAACCCACACUUUCUCUCUCUCUUAGGGUUUUUCCCGUUCUUCAUCUCGGAUCCAUGCGACCAGACAUCUAGUUAGGGUUUUUUCACUAAUAAUGGUAGCGGAAGUAAGUAAUCCAGACUUGAUUGAUCCUAUUGAUUUUACUACUGUUCUCAAUUUGCUUCCUCGAACUUUCAAGGGUUUGAAAAAUACUACUUCAAGCACGAACCAGAACGAUAUGGAAUUGAUCAAAAAUUAUCACAAAUCUGUGGCAAUUAAAAAUUCUGAGAACUUUAUGGGACAAGCGAAGACAAUAGUAAACAGAAAAUCUGAACAUGCAAACAAUGAGUUACCAUGCGCUGUCCAAUCUGAUGAUAAGGAGGAGGAGUUACCAUGCGCUGUCCAAUCUGAUGAUAAGGAGGAGGAUAUAGUUGUUGAAAUGGACAAGGGUCGGGAGAAAGAAAGACGCCCUGGCUUGUUGGGUAAUCAGAGACGGCCUAAGUUUUCUUUGAAGCCAAAUGUUAUGAGUCAGACGAAUUUGAAUCUUGAAGACAUGGAGAAGGAAAUUGAAAAAAUAACUGACCCGAUUGAAUUCUUUAAAGCACACGAAAGGCUCGAAAAUGCCAGAAAGGAAAUACAGAGACAAACGGGUGGUGUUCCUACAAAUUCAAUCAAGGGUGAUAUAUCCACGAAAACUCGAGUUCGUCGACCUGGACUUGAGGGGAGGACGGUUGGUCACAAACACCGUUAUUCAUUGGUGGGUGCUGGUAGUAAUGACGUCUUCUCUUCGCAAAUUGAGACUGACUUUUCUAGUCAAUCAACGGAUGAACCAACCACUGGGACAAUGGAUCAGCAGGACCCAGCAGAGGAAAGCAUAUCGAUGGAUGUUGGCUUAGAAAAAGAUUCAGUAGCUGCAGCACAGAACAAUGUCGAUCGCCUUUUGCAUGAGCUUUUGUCACCUGCAUGUACUGCUCUGGAUGGAGAUGGAGCGCUACCUUUCUUGCAAGAGCGAUUACAGAUUAAACCCAUUCAUGUGGAUAAAUUAUCUUUUCCCGAUCUUGAUAGUUUUCGAUCAGUUAAUGUUAUGGCACCGCCUGAGCCUGCGGGUAAGUCAAGGGAAUCAUUAUUAGAGAUGGAAAGUCUUGUAAGAGAAUCAAGAAAUAAAGCAUCUACAGAAAUUCACCUGUCGACAAACACUUCUAUGUAUCAACGGGCUUCACCAACUUCGCCAGAGAGUCCGUUGGCUUCACUAUCUUUGUUGCAAAAGCGUCUUUCGCUGAAGGGUCAAACAGCCAGUCCAUUCUCAUUUCGUGGUAUCGACUAUUCACCUGUCAAGAGUACUGGUAAAGACAUAGGGGACCUUUCACCUGAUGGUGAGCGUGAUCAUAAUAACGAGGCAAAUGAUACAACAGCUGAAGCGCCGGAUAAGAAGGCUUCAAGUGCUGCUUGCGAGUUCCAGUCUGCGACACUUGUAAAUGAUGAUACUGCAGGAACUAAUACAUUCCAGUCUGCGACGCUUGUAAAUGAUGAUACUGCAGGAACUAAUACAGUCUCAAAAGAACUUCCAAUGGAAACAGUGGUUUGUUCGGCUAGCAGAUCAAUGGAUGCAGGUGGACCAGAUGGUGUCUUGCAGGAGGAUAAGGUUGAAAAUGUAUGUCAGGAGACUGCAACUUCUCAACAAAAAGAGAUUGACCUCGAAGGUUUGCAGACUGACCUUGUAAAAGAAACAGUGGUUUGUUCGGCUAGCAGAUCAAUGGAUGCGGGUGGACCAGAUGGUAUCUUGCAGGAUAAGGUUGAAAAUGUAUGUCAGGAGACUGCAACUUCUCAACAAAAAGAGAUUGACCUCGAAGGUUUGCAGACUGACCUUGAAAAAGAAACAGUGGUUUGUUCGGCUAGCAGAUCAAUGGAUGCGUGUGGACCAGAUGGUGUCUUGCAGGAUAAGGUUGAAAAUGUAUGUCAGGAGACUGCAACUUCUCAACAAAAAGAGACUGACCUUGAAGGUUUGCAGAAUACGGAUUGUAGUGGGAGUCUGUUGGAUGGAGUCAAUUCUACUGCUGGAGAGCAUCGGUCAGGAAAUGGGGACUCUCUAACUGCAAACAAUCUUCCUAUGCAAAAUAGCGAGGUCGAGGAUAUGAGGCCUAAUGGAGUUGCUUCGGAGCAGAAAGAGCCUGGAUUUGAAGGUCUACCUCCAGGAGAUAUUGGUUGUACUGCAAGUCACUUGGAUGAAUCUGUUUCUGCUAAGGGAAAGCACCAAACAGGAGAUAUAUUCUCACAAAAUCCUGACAUCCUUACUGAACAGCACGAUGAGACGUACCCGGAGCCUUCUCUGAAUGAAAGCAGAAAAAGGAGAGCACCUCCAGGAAACAGAACUAAGACACAGAAAUCUCGUCAGAAAAAUCUUGCAGGAGCUGGGACUCAGGGGGAGUCCGAUGUGAGACGAAGCACCAGACCCAGAACAAGACCAUUGGAGUAUUGGAAAGGGGAACAAUUCUUACCUGGAAGAGUACAAAAUGGGUCUGUUUCUGCUCUGGGCAAGCUCCAAACAGGAGACGUGUUAUCAGAAAAUUCUGACAUCCUUCCUGGACAGCACGAUGAGGGACAGACAUACCCAGAGCCUUCUUUGAAUGAAAACAGCAAAAGGAAAACACCUGCGGAAAACAUAAUUGAGAAACACAAGUCUCGUCGGAAAACAGCAAAAAGAAAUAAUGAUGAAUCUGUUUCUGCCACGGGCAAGCACCAAACAGCAGAUGUAAUCUCACAAAAUCCUGAAAUCAUUACUGAACAGCACGCUGAGACGCUCCUGGAGCCUUCUUUGAACGAAAACAAAAAGAAGAAAGCAUCUCUGCGAAACAAAAGGGAGAAACAGAUUACUCGUCGGAAAAGUCUUGCAGGAGCUGGGACUAAGUGGGAGUCUGGUGUGAGACGAAGCACCAGACACAGAAUAAGACCACUGGAGUUCUGGAAAGGGGAACGAUUGUUAUAUGGAAGAGUACACGAAAGCCUGUUAACAGUAAUCGGAGUGAAGUAUGAAUCUCCACCAAAGAGCAAAACAGAAAAGCCGACAUUCAGAGUGGAGUCUUACGUCUCUGAUGAAUACAAAGAGCUCGUGGAGAAUGCAGCUCUGCAUUAAACAAUAUCUCCAUGACAGUUUCUUAGGUCACUUGGAGAACUUAUCUGGGCAACCUACUCAUUGCUAGAGGGUGUUGUUGGUCCUUAGUUAUCUAUAUGACUGUUCUGUACAUGCUUUUGUCUGUAUAGGUACGGAAGAGUUCCCCUGGUCAUAGGUGGCUAGGGUUCUCAGUACAAUUGAUGAUGAAGAUAUUCGGUUGUGUAAUUGCCAAGCUGUAGGUCUGUGAUCUUUUGUUCCGAGUAAGAACAUUAGUAUUCUUCCAGGUUCCUUCUUCAUGGCUUCUAAUGUUUAACCGACACCAUAUGUUACUA